AUGUCUAUAUCCCGCUGCUUUAAUCACCCAGAGAAGUAUCUCCUCUACAUGAUUUUAGACUAUUUGAAUCUUAUUUGUGAAGGUGUUCUUUGCCUGCCGGACAGCUUGAACCUUCACAAAGAUCAGCAAAGGUCAAACAAGCCUGGGGAAGUUCAGAUGUUCAGCCAGUCAGAGCUAAGGACCAUCGAGCAGUCUUUACUUGCUACGCGUGUGGGGAGCAUUGCAGAACUCAGUGACCUGGUAUCUCGAGCAAUGCACCACCUCCAGCCCCUCAAUGCCAAGCAGCACGGGAACGGGACACCGAUGCACCAGAAGCAAGGAUCCUUCUACUGGGAGCCAGAGGCUCUGUACACCCUCUGCUACUUCAUGCACUGUCCACAGAUGGAGUGGGAAAACCCCAACGUGGAGCCGUCAAAAGUCACGCUGCAGACGGAGAGGCCGUUCAUCGUGCUGCCUCCCCUGAUGGAGUGGAUUCGGGUUGCCGUGGCACACGCGGGGCACCGGCGCAGUUUCUCAGUGGACAGCGAUGACGUGCGGCAGGCGGCCAGGCUCCUGCUGCCGGGGGUUGACUGCGAGCCUCGACAGCUGAAAAUCGACGACUGUUUUUGUGCGUCUCGGAAGCUGGAUGCAGUGGCUACUGAAGCGAAGUUCAAGCAGGACCUGGGGUUCCGGAUGCUCAACUGUGGCCGAACGGAUCUGGUUAAACAAGCCAUAUCCUUGCUGGGGCCGGAUGGGAUUAACAGCAUGAGUGAACAGGGCAUGACUCCACUGAUGUAUGCUUGUGUCAGGGGUGAUGAGGCUAUGGUGCAGAUGCUGCUAGAUGCUGGAGCAGAUCUGAAUGCUGAGGUUGUCAGUACUGCUCAUAAAUACCCAUCCGUCCACCCUGAGACCCGCCAUUGGACAGCUCUGACAUUUGCUGUGUUGCAUGGACAUAUUCCUGUAGUUCAGCUGUUGCUGGAUGCAGGAGCAAAGGUAGAAGGCUCCUUGGAGCACGGAGAGGAAAAUUACUCUGAAACUCCUUUACAGUUGGCAGCAGCUGCUGGAAAUUUUGAACUGGUCAGUUUGCUGUUGGAGCGAGGAGCUGACCCCAUGAUAGGAACAAUGUACAGGAACGGCAUUUCCAUGACUCCACAAGGUGACAUGAACUCUUUCAGUCAGGCUGCUGCACAUGGACACAGGAACGUCUUCCGUAAGCUGCUUGCUCAGCCGGAGAAGGAGAAGAGCGAUAUUCUGUCACUGGAGGAGAUCCUGGCGGAGGGGACGGACUUGCCCGACUCAGCAGCAGCUCCGCUCUGCGCCAGCCGCAACAGCAAGGCCAAGCUGAAAGCCCUGAAGGAGGCCAUGUACCACAGCGCAGAGCACGGCUACGUGGAUGUCACCAUUGACAUACGGAGCAUAGGUGUUCCCUGGACACUGCACACAUGGCUGGAGUCCUUGCGCACAUCCUUUCAGCAGCACCGACGACCUCUCAUUCAGUGCUUGCUAAAGGAAUUCAAGUCCAUUCAGGAAGAAGAGUACACAGAGGAGCUCAUCACACAAGGGUUGCCUCUGAUGUUUGAGAUACUGAAAGCCAGCAAGAAUGAAGUGAUCAGCCAGCAGCUCUCUGUCAUUUUCACUCAUUGCUAUGGACCCUACCCUAUUCCAAAACUCGUUGAAAUUAAGCGCAAGCAGACCUCUCGCCUAGAUCCCCAUUUUCUUAACAACAAAGAGAUGUCAGAUGUUACAUUUCUGGUGGAAGGAAGACCAUUUUAUGCACAUAGAGUGUUACUAUUUACUGCAUCACCAAGGUUUAAAGCAUUGCUGUCUAGCAAGCCCUCAUCUGAUAGUACUUGUAUUGAGAUCAACUAUGUGAAGUACCCCAUCUUUCAGCUGGUUAUGCAGUAUCUUUAUUAUGGAGGUGCAGAGUCACUCCUGAUUAAAAAUAAUGAAAUUAUGGAGCUUCUCUCUGCUGCUAAAUUUUUCCAGCUUGAAGCUUUACAACGACACUGUGAGAUCAUUUGCGCAAAAAGCAUUAAUACAGAAAACUGCGUGGAUAUUUAUAAUCAUGCCAAGUUUCUCGGAGUCACAGAACUAUCUUCCUAUUGUGAAGGUUACUUCCUAAAAAACAUGAUGGUCCUCAUUGAAAAUGAAGCUUUCAAACAGCUGUUGUAUGACAAGAAUGGAGAAACCUCUGGUCAAAAUGUACUCCAGGACUUACAGAGGACGUUGGCCACAAGGAUUCAGUCAAUUCAUUUGUCUUCUUCAAAGGGCUCCAUUGUGUAAAGCUGAGGAAGAUGGUUACCCUUGAAUAAAGACCCUGCAAGCUAAGUCUGCUGUUGCAGUUGCUGAAACCCAUUGCAGUUGCUUAAACGACUACAAGGAAAAAAAAGCAAAAUUAAAAAAUUCUACUUUGCAUCCAAAUAGUUCUGUGUGGGCCAAAGGUUCUGCGCUGGGGCUCUGGCCCCCUUUGGAUAAAGGAAUACAGAAGACAAAGCUCUUCCAUGUUUUUGAGCAAACAGGGUACAAGAGUACCCGGUGAAUCGCUCUUGUACUCAAAUUCUGAACACGCACGUGGUCGUGGAGCUUCAUGCCAACAAAAGCCAGAACUCACUUGAGUGAACAGCAGAAGCCCCUGCCUGAGCGGUGGUGCCGGGGAACACCCAAAUUGACCAAUUAAUCAUUUAAGGUGGAUUUGUUCCAGUGUUACACAUUUAAGAACUAUAUUUAUCCCAGAGUCCAUUAUCUCCAUUAUGUAAGAACUGUUGUUGCUGUCAAGCAAAGAUCAACUGUAUUAGAGCGUGGGUAAGACUGUUACAGCUGCAGAAAUAUAGUGGCGGAUUUUUAGGGGUGGGAACUUUUUAAAUUGUUCAUAAAAAAUAAUGGGGUGGCCUUGUAGUUUAAAAAGUAUUUCUUAAGCUUAAAAUUUCAUUUUCGACAGAGCUGUGUUUGAGAAUCUAUGUAACAUGGUUUUUGUUUGUUGUUUUUUUUAAAUGGUAAAAUGUACAUUGUGUAAACAUACAUAUGAUCAAGUUUUGCUUGUAUUCUUUCCUAGAGUGGUAUAAUCUUGCCUUAAAAGGCUAUGGUUAUGCCAAAGAGGUACAUUACCCAGACUAUCUCUAAUACAGUAGCUGGGGGUGGGGGCAGGAGAACUGCAUGCUUCUCGUGAUUUGGGGUUAAAAACAAUGACAAACUCAACAUGCUUUUGCAUGGUAACUGUACCUGUGAAAUGUUACGUUUGUGAUUCGUUUCGCCAAGACAAAUGCAAUGUUACUUCUUGUCAAACUUCAUUUGUGAAAUUAGCAUAUUUUUUUAUUUGAUGCGAUUGGUUGUGAUAUGAUACCCCUGGAGACCCUUCUUGAGAUGCUUGAUUUCUGUUUGUUACAGUGAAGGGAUAAUAACAGAUCUUUACUUCAGUAAUGUGUUGAUACUUUGCUACUGGCCAGAGAUUGUGUCCAAGUUAGACAUUUUUAAAUUAUAAUUAAAUAUGUACUAUAGA